GAUCGCCUCUCUUCCGCUUCAGUUCAAAGUGGCCUCUGCUUGUGUUGUUGUGUGGUGCGGGACGGUGAGAGAGAGGGCUUUAUCGUCUUCUCGUGCCUCGGUCCUCCCCACACUAACAUAUGAAUGAUAUCAGAGGGCUUACAGUCACCUCUGGGGGUUUCUGCUGUCCGAAACAAGUCAGCUUUUGAUCUGUUAUUGGGGGAUGAACGACGAGAAAAGCCCGGAUAACAGCAAGAGAAACUCUGGGUUUACCAGUAUUGAGCAAAUGCUGGCUGUGAACCCCGGGAAGACGCCUAUCAGUCUGCUGCAGGAAUAUGGAACGCGGAUAGGCAAGACCCCAGUGUACGACCUGCUGAAGGCCGAGGGUCAGGCCCACCAGCCCAACUUCACCUUCCGCGUGUCUGUGGGAGACAUCAGCUGCACAGGCCAGGGCCCCAGUAAGAAAGCUGCCAAGCACAAAGCCGCAGAGGCCGCCCUCAAGAUGCUCAAAGGAGGAAUGCUGGGAGGUAUUGGAGGAAAUGGGUUUGAGGGAGAUGGGUUUGCUGGGAUCGAUAUGGAGGGAGACUGUGCCCAGUCAGAAAUAAAAUUAUCCAGUUCCACACAGCAAGCUGAGUGCAAUCCAGUUGGAGCUUUGCAGGAACUAGUAGUGCAGAAAGGCUGGCGUUUACCUGAGUACACAGUCACUCAAGAAUCUGGGCCGGCACACCGCAAAGAGUUCACAAUGACCUGCAGGGUGGAGAGAUUUGUUGAAAUAGGUAGUGGUACAUCAAAAAAGCUUGCUAAGAGAAAUGCAGCAGCAAAGAUGCUCUCUCGUAUCCAUGAUGUACCAGUGGACAUGCGUAGCACCCAUGAGGCCGAAGCAGAAGAUGAUACCUUUAGUAUGCACAUGGGUGGCAGACUAGAGGGAAGCAAGUCUAAAGGUCUCGGCUGCACAUGGGACUCAUUAAGGAACUCAGCCGGCGAGAAGAUUCUGCAGUUGCGUUGCCAUCCUCUAGGCCAGCCAGACUCCAUGGACUCCGAUUUCUGUUCUCUCCUUCACGAACUCUCUGAGGAGCAGCACUUUGACGUCAGCUACCUCGACAUAGAGGAGCGCAGUUUGAGUGGCCUGUACCAGUGUCUGGUAGAGUUGUCCACGCAGCCCAUAACCGUCUGCCACGGAUUCGCCUCCACCUUGGAUACGGCCCGUGCCAGUGCUGCACACAACGCUCUCCAGUACCUCAAAAUUAUGGCAGGGGGAAAGUAAGACAUUGUAACACGUCGUCACCUGUAAAUGUUUUUCCUAUUUGCUCCCUAUGACAACAUGAGAAAAAUGGGUGAAUUUUAAGCUUACCUCUUUUGCCCCAGUUCUGUGAAUUGAGGGCUAAUUUGAUGGUCAUCUUGGCCCCCGUGUUGUAUUCCUUACUGCUACAAAUUAUUUGGAAGUGGAACUGAUUUCCUUUCUAAUUUACUACAUGAAUUUGACAGCAAAUGUGUCCAAAGUGUACCCUUUCCCCACCACCUCUGCAGAAAGUCUGGGAACACUUAAUGAUUUGAAAACUAAUGUCAAAAUGUUCACAGGUGUCCCAUGGUGUAAAAGAGCCAAUAUUUAUUCUUUAUUUGAUAGUGCUAUUUUAUUUCACAAACAAAUAACUCAAUCAGUUUUUACUUUUCCCCCUUUAAAUCAAUGUACAUUUUAAUUAUAAUUUCUCAUUUUAAAUUGUGCCAUUUUAUAGAUAGAUACUCUGCUUUGGACUUUAUGAAUUUAAUUCACAAAUGUAGAUGUGCAUGUGACCAAACAAAAGUGUUUAUUUUUUUUCCCUUUUAAAAAUAAUUAGAUUUUAACUUUGUCAUAUGUUUUUAUAAUUUUUCCAUUGUAUUUUAGUGAUAUAAGUUAAUUACCCUCACUUAAUGAACUUGUAAAAUAAAUGAUCUGUUCUUGGCCCUUUCAACUAAUGUCCAACUAGUGUUUUUAGUGUGUGUGUGUGUGGGGGGGGUCAAUUAAUGGUCAAUAUCUACCCCUCUUAAAAUGCUUCUAUCCUCCCAGAUUUCAUUCUAAUUAAUUAUAGGAUUGGCCAAAUAAAAUGUGCUGUAAUGUAAGUUUGUUUUUUAUUAUCUUAUGUAUAUGAGACCUACAGCAACAUAAUGCUAAUGUGAGACAACAGAUGUAAUUUGUACCAAAACGGUGAAUUAUAAUGUUGGUAUCUUAUCUACAACAAUAAACUGUUG